AUGAUGUUCUUUAGCUACCAGAGUCGGCCAGAGCCAGCUCCAAAACAGAUUAUUGAGCUUGAGGACAUUGAACCAGAAGAAGAAAACAACGUUGUUCCUAAUAGACCACCUCCUCAACAGGUUAAUCAGCCACCUGCGAAUAUUUACAACGAAAAGAAAACGAAAAAGCAUUUAAAUGCCGCAGCAUUGAUGAUAACAUCCGAAAAGCCAAAAGUUAAACCUGAACAAAGGGAGUUACCACCAGAUAUUGCAACUCCAAGUCAACAAGAAGAAAUACCUGUCAAAGUUUCAAUCCAAAGACCAGAAACAGAUCUAAAGAUUCCUUCUCCCCACAAGCCAAAGUUCCAAGGUAGAUUGCUUGGAAAUUUGACGAGUUUAGCACCUAUUGCUAAUAAUAUUUUGAAUUCAGAUAAAUCAAUUCCGACAAAUGUACCAGAAAGGAAGCGAGCGUUCCAGCCACAAAACAAUAUACCACAAAUUGACAGCACAAACGGAAUUCAGCAAAUUCCAGCUCCGAGAAUUCCAAAUAGAAAAAUUGAGCAACAAGCAGAAAUGUUCCAAAACCAAGAUAUGGCAAAUCUACCUGAAGCUUCUCAUCAAAAACCUAGAGGAAGACUACUCGGUUCUCUGUUGUAA